CAUUGCAAUAAUCGAGUGGAGGACUAUUAACAAAUAAUUGCAAUAUUUAGCUCAUUAUGAAUAACCACAAGUGGACGCUGGUUAUGAACCAAAUUCCCCUCAAAUACAUUAUCACUGCACCGGCAUGUCUAUUUAUGCUAUUCAUAUUUUUUUACUACUGCUAUUUGAGUGUCCGGGAGUGUCGAAGAUCUCGGGGACGUGAAAGUACAUCGCUUCUGGGACAAAUCGGUGAAGAGCAAAUACAAGUUUAUUAAUAAAGUGUGUGAAUCAUGGAAGAGAUAAAACCCCAAGGAAAAUAAAUAAAUAUUUAUAACAAG